GGUCAAAAAAUUGCUGCGCUACGUGUGGAAAAAAAUUUUUUGUCCCUCUUUUUACUUCCAAAAUGUUGGGAGGUAUGCACACCGAGGAAGGACUCCGAGAUAGUGCCCUUAAAAAAACUGGCGGAGAUCAUAGGGAGGGUAAGCAGAACCUAGAGGCGCCCCUCAUUUGCAAUAUAUAUAUAUCACAGUCUGAGUCCAUAGAAACAGCUGUGAAUCACCAUACCAGUGAUACAGUGCAGAGAGCUUCUUCCAGCCCAGCUCAGCUAGGAACAUAGGAAGCACACAUGGCUGAGUAAAUAUUUAGCUUGGCACCCACAGUCUGAUCCCAGCCCAGUUAUAUUGAACAAGAGAUGGGGGGGGGGAGAUAAAAACAUAGACAGGAGAAAGCUGCAAAAUACCGGCAAUAGGAGUCCGUAAGCCUCACAAAGGGAUAUUGCACCGUUGUUCCAUAAGAAAAGUAAAGUCCACGAGGGAGUGGUAAAAAUGGCACCGACACAUCAAGGAAGAGAGGGUGGAGAGCCCCACUAGAGAAUCCUCUGAGUCGGAUAGCGAACAUGAAGGAGAGAAUGAUUUAUAAGCACAAAUCGCAAAGCUACCAUCUAAAGCAGAUAUUAAAAAAAUGUUGCGGGAAGUAAAGGUGUCUAUUAAAGAAGAUAUACAGGAUAUUAAAAACGAUAUGGUCGCAAUGGCUCAAUGCACGGAAGAGAUCGAAGGUACUAUAAGUAAAUUACAUACCAACCGGAAGGCUAUGGAUCUAAAAAUACAACAGCAGGGCAUUACUAUCAUAGAUCUCCAAAGACAGCUGGGGGACCAUGAAAACAGUAAUAGGAAAAAAUAAUAUCAGGGUAAGGGGAGUACCGGAGAAAAUACAAAUGGAAGAAAUAAAGGCUUUCUUGCAGCAAUUCUUCAAUAAUAUAUUGAGCAUAGAAAAGUCUAUGGACAUACAAAUAAAGAGAGCCCACCGAGUUCAGAAACCGAAAACGGUACCCCUAAAUGCCCCAACUGUGUUGUUUGCAAAGUUUCACAAUAAAUUCUACAAAAAAGCAAAAGAGGUAGACAAUAUCAAAUAUGAAGAGAAUACAUUCAAACUGUUCCAAGACCCAUCAAGGAUUACGCUACUCAAAAGAAAAGCAUUGAAAGCUCUUACAGAUUUAUUGAGAGAAAGGAAGAUCCUAUAUAGAUGGGGAUUCCCCUUUUCAUUGACUGUAAAUAAAGAGGGGACAACCACUACAGACGCAGCUGAAGACUGACACAACUCUCGAUGGCAAAGGCAAAAAGAAUUGCGGACAGGUGAGCCACAAUGGGCCAGAUCUCUUGCAUGCUGGUUCCCAAGAUGGCCCUCGCAACUCCGCAGGACCCAUUAAUACUGCACACCAGCCCCAUAGUGCAUCUGAAAGCGCUGGCCGCAGAAAUAUCGCAGCAUCCACAGCUAAGAAAUUGGGGAAAUAUGCCAGGGACCAGAUGGAGACCAACACAGCUCAAGACAGUGGUGAUGCUACCUCUCCUCCGGCUUCUCCAUAUAACUCCCCCGCACUCUCCCCAUAUCAUGACCAAAGUGAGGACUCUCAGCAAGCUACACCAGGCCAGCCCACGCUAGCAGAGGUAAUGGCACUUAUUCCUACUAAACAUGCAGUCACAAUUAGCAAGUUUGACGACCUCAAAGCAGAUCUCGCCUUACUUAAACAUGAUGUGCAGAAAAUGCACCACGGAAGCAGAAAGAAUCAUCAGCACUCUGGAAGACACCAUAGUUCCCAUACCUGACAACAUUCAUAAUAUGACGCAGCAAAUAAGAGACCUCACAGCUAAAACAGACAACAUGGAGAAUCGCUUGUGCAGGAUAAUAUCAGGCUGGUGGGCCUUCCUGAAAGGGCAGAGGGGGGCAAUCCUGAACUGUUUGUUGAGAAUUGGCUCAAGGAAAAGAGCUGAGUCUUUCUCCUCAUCCUUCAUAGUUGAGAGGGGACAUAGAAUUCCUGCCCACCCCCUCCGCCAGGUGCACCUCCAAGGCCUCUCAUUGCCCGUCUUCUAAAUUACAAAGACCGCGACCGAGCACUCUCCGAAGCCAGGAAAUCAUACAUGACAACACAAAAGUACCCAUUUACCCAGAUUUUUCCAUUGAAGUACGUAAACAAUUCCUGAAAUUUACCGAAGCCAAGAGAAGAUUACGUCAGCACAAUUUGCCCUACGCCAUGCUCUUCCCUGCCAGAUUAAGGGUUCAAGAGGAUGACCAAACACAUUUUUUCACAAGACCAGAGGAUGCAAUUCAUUGGCUCGAGUCAAAAGCCAAUAGAUCACUACGACGUUAAAGCAUUAAUUUGUGCAGUACCUACAACCUUCAGUUUGCUCGCUCCGUUGGGAAUGUUUAUUCUACCUGUGAGCACAGGACACAAUGUUCAAUAGACUCCUAGGGGGGAAUUCACAAAAGUGUCGGUAAAAAAAGUAACCCAGAAGUGGCGGUCGACAAAUUUGUAAAAUGUCGUAUGUACGUCAAAUUCACAAAGGGAGAUGUCACUGUCUUUGAAUCUCUCGUAAGUCCGGCAUUUUUAUAAAAUGUCGUAUAUAUUUUGUCGGUGGAACGACGGUUUAGUUAAAUUGUCGUAGUUACGUCAAAUUCAAGAAAAAAGGCGCAAUCACUGUACAACUGAUUAAAAUAAUGUCGUUAGAACGAAUAAAUAUGUCGUGUACCCGAAAGAACAUUUCCUAGCACGACAACUGCAGAAUAGCUUCACGUCACGUUGUAGAUGAGUUCUGUCACUCAGAGGAAGCUGCUUAAUCCUGAGGAGAUUUCGUUUUUCCGAAGAUAUUGUUCCUGAGGUUAUUCUAUAUAUAUUUAAAAUUUUCUAUUUAGAUUUCCUGGUUUUGACCUUGGCUUGUUUCUGGACACUGUUGCCUGCUGCCUGACCCGACCUUUGGCCUGUUUACUGGACUCUGUUUUUGCCUGCAGAUUCUUUUCAUCACAGAUUAUGGAAAUUAUAUUUCCCUCACUGUUUUUCUUCCAUUUAAGAAAGAAAAGAAUGGAAAAAGUCGAUAAGCCUUUUAAUAAUGGAAAGCAAGUUAAAAGGCGCAAAUGCCAGAAGAUAAAAAUGUUUCGUGACCGAGUGACGCUGGUGGACCUAACGGACACUGAGAUUAAGGAUCGAUACAGGCUAAACACUGUGGAGAUUCUAUCGCUGUAUGAUGUGCUGAAAGUGAAUUUGUGCAAGCCAACUAAAAGAUCUCACGCCAUCCCUGGCCUUGUACGUUUGCUGUUGGCAUUAAAUUUUUUUGCAAAAGGUGACUUUCAAAGUUGCAUAGCAGUGAUUGGCGGUGUGUCUCAAAGCUCUUGCAGCCGCUCAUUGGAUGAAGUUUUGAAAGCAAUUAUGUUAGUUUAUAAAUCGUAUGUCUACUUUCCUUCUGACAGCAGUUAUUUGAAUACAGUUAAAGGAAAAUUUUAUGAGAUUGGCGGAUUUCCUAACAUUGUGGGAAUUAUAGAUUGUACACACAUUACACUAUGCCCACCUGCUGACCUGGAGCACAUUUACAGAAAUCGGAAGAGCUCCCACAGCAUUAAUGUCCAGCUUGUGUGUUCCUUUAAUCUAAAAUUUGUGGAUAUAGUUGCUAAAUUCCCAGGCUCUUCUCACGAUUCGUAUAUCUUGUCAAAUUCAUCUUUGUCUGAACGUUUUCAACAGGGCGAAUUCAAAGAUUCGUGGCUAUUAGGAGAUUGUGGAUAUCCGUUAAAAACUUGGCUGAUGACGCCAGUGUGGCGGCCUAAGAAUGCAAAAGAAAAAAACUACAACCGAGUCCAUGCUACAACAAGAUGUAUAAUUGAAAGAGCAUUUGGAAUCUUAAAGAGCAAAUUCCGUUGUUUGGACAUCACUGGGGGGUCACUACUGUACUCGCCUGAAAAGGUGUGCUACAUUGUUGUAGCGUGUGUUGUUUUACAUAAUAUCAUUAUACAAAGGGUCCAAAAUGAUGUAUGUGAAAUCCAACCAGCAUGUGAAGAAAACACUGACCUUCAAAUGCAUGUUGACCAGAAUGAAGCAAUUAUCACAAGGAACGAUUUGAUUCAACGAUUUUUUUGAUUGAUUCACUUGACUUUGGGAGGUUACAUUUUUUUUUGUAAAACUUGUUUAUAUUCUUAUUGUUGAUAUCUUGUUAAAUGUAUUCAUAUGAAAAGCUUACAAAACAAUCUUAAAAGGGUGGUUCUCCUUUACAGUAAAUUUACUUAUGUUAUAGAAAGGCUAAUUGAAAGGAACUUUUCAAUUGUUUUUCAUUAUUUAAUUUAAUUUAGAGUUAUAUGUCAUUUAUAUGCCAUUUUCUUCUAACUCUUCUUUUGACAGCAUUCCAAUGGGCGUCACUGUCCCCCUUCUAAAAAACAAAUGCUCUGUAAAGCUACAAAUUUAUUGUUAAUGCUUCUUUGUUUUGUGAAUGUUGCUAUUCAGGCCUCUCCUGUUUAGAUUCCAGUUUCUUAUUCAAAUCAAUGCAUGAUUGCUAGACAAAUGUUGGCCCUAGUUUGCAGAUUGGUUCAGAUGCAAAUUGAAGAAGCGCUGAAUAGAACUGAAAUAGUUGAGCUCCUGUUUGAAAUGUAACAGCCUAUACACACCUCAUAUAGCCUGUAUGGCGGUAUUCUUUAUUCAUUUGUCCAUACAAAAUCUCUUCUGUUCAGUAAAAUUUUGUCGGCUGGCGAGCCGUGUACAGCCUCCUUCAAAUCAUUUCUAAGAUUUAUUACGAUAUUCAGGUGGGGUAGCGUGAUGGACAUUUGCAAAAAAUUUAAUUUUCCACAAAUGUUUGCACAACCAGAUUUACACAUUUGUUUUAAUUUCAUGCAACAGAAUAUUGUGUCACUAAAAUUCUUUGUUUAUAAAACAUCCCACUAUUCAGAUUUGUAUUGAAAUUAAAAGACAUACCACUGUUAUUUUUCACAUUGAAAUUGGAGUAAAUAGUAAUGCAUAUUAAAAUGAUAUUUAACUUAUUGAGCAUGGUGGUAUAUUUUUUAUAUUCUU